CCCCAUUUCCUGACUCCCAACAGACAUUCUGGAUUCUGGUUGCAAAGAACCUUUAUGUGGAAAAAAGGAAAGAAAAAUUCUGGUGUUCUUCAUUUCAACGUCUGCCACAGGAUUGCCAAGGAGUCAAAGUGAGUGGAGCGCUGAGUAAUUCAGCUGGCCUCUCAUUGCUCCAGGAGAGUCCCUCCACCUGCCUGCAUGACAUUCAACACGUUCAUCAGCUGCUGAAGCUUUUCAUUUGUUUUGUCUUUUGCGACUUGCAGUCCAGAGCACUGAGAGGCAAGUUUGCAUUGGAUUUUGCCAUUCUGAAUAGUUUCUUUUUACAGCAGAACCCAUCCAACCCUUGUUUUUUACCUCAAUCCUGCCGAGGGUUGCCUUGUAAACACAUUUUCCCCCCAGCGCCAUGUGUGCUGAGAGAGCUGUGACAUUAUCUCCUGCGGAGAUCCCCAUGUUGUUCUAGCCUGUGUCUGUGUUUUGAUUCAGACAAUAGCUGGGCAUACAGGGGCUCCGGACACUGACCAGAGGACCACCAAAAUAAGGGAAGCCUGCAGUUACAUAGUAAACACUGUAGCACCCAUGGCACAGUGAAACUUUGGAUUGAAUUAUUGGACUGAAUUACUGAGAUGGAUUUAAUUUUCUUCUCAAGACUUUGGAAUAUACAUAGGGAGACUUUUUUUGUCAUCCCGGUCAAUUGUUGCUUACGUUUUCUUUUGGUAGACAGCUGCCCUUAAAUAAUCUGAUCAGUAGAAGUCACAAAAGUCAUUCUUGAGGACCCUCGUGCUUUGUGUCAUGCAUUAACUUCAUCAUAUGGUGUCUUCUCUCGCAUCCAAUGUACUCUCUGCCUUUGUAAGGACAGUUUAUGCCCUCAGCCUCCUCGUGGCAACCCUCAUUAGAAUCAGGACAUGAGGCCAAAGGCUGGCAGGCAAAGCAGCAUUGGAAUUCGCCUUUUGGAUAGAUGCUGUCCCCGACACAAGGGGGUCCACUUGGUCUACUGAAGGAAUACAGACCUUUCCCCCCCCCCAUCCCUGACCGUUACUCACUCACGACUUCACUGGCCAUGAGUAAUUGGGAAAGGAGAGCUAAACAGGUUGUCCUACCCUCCCAGAGGCUGUAUUGAUUUUCCUCCACUCAGUGUUCAUUUGAUUGAGACUCAGCUAUGUGAGCGUUAAGACUGAGCGUGAUAGAGAGAACUGAGCUCCAUUAACUGCGGGAGGCUGCAGACACCCAGUGAAGAGCAGGUAGGGGGCAGGUGGUUCUCUAGUUUCAGGCCAGCUGCCCUAUUGGUGACACACCAAAAACCUGACCCACCUGGAUAGUACCUAGAACAAUGAACCAGUCUGAACUGAUAGUAGAACCCGCGUUCACUGCCAACAGCAGCCAUGGAGACUUCUUUCCUGGCAUGGCCUCCAAUCACUCCUGCCCCUUGGGCUGGGGGCUGAAUGAAGGCGUGGAGGCUUGUGUCCUGGAGACUGCUGUCAUUGUACUCCUGACAGUGCUCAUCAUUGCGGGGAACCUGACGGUGAUCUUUGUAUUCCACUGUGCCCCGCUACUGCAUCACUACACAACGAGCUACUUCAUCCAGACUAUGGCCUAUGCUGACCUGCUGGUGGGUCUUAGCUGCCUUGUUCCCACCCUGUCUCUGCUCCACUACCCAGCAAGUGUCCAGGAGCCUAUAACAUGCCAGGUCUUCAGCUAUGUCAUCUCAGUUCUGAAGAGCGUUUCAAUGGCCUGCUUGGCUUGCAUCAGCGUGGACCGCUACCUUGCCAUAACUAAACCUCUAUCGUACAACCAGCUGGUGACACCAUGCCGGCUACGAGGCUGCAUCACCCUAAUCUGGGUCUACUCCAGCGUGGUUUUCUUGCCUUCCUUUUUUGGAUGGGGUAAGCCAGGCUAUCAUGGGGACAUUUUUGAAUGGUGUGCCCACUCUUGGCCCACCUCUGCCCUUUUUACAGGCUUUGUGGUGUGCUUGCUCUAUGCACCUGCUGCGCUUGUAGUGUGUUUUACCUACUACCACAUCUUUCGCAUUUGCCAGCAACACAACAGAGAGAUCAGUGAAAGGCGGGCACGCUUCCCAAGUCAGGAGAUGGAGGCUGGGGACGGGGGUGGCAGUGGGCAUCAUGGAGGACAUGGACCAGAUCGACGGUAUGCGAUGGUGCUCUUCCGCAUCACCAGCGUUUUCUAUAUGCUUUGGUUGCCCUACAUAAUCUAUUUUCUGCUAGAGAGCUCCCAUGUGCUGGAUAGCCCCGCUCUCUCCUUCAUCACCACCUGGCUGGCCAUCAGCAACAGCUUUUGCAACUGUGUUAUCUACAGCCUUUCUAAUAGUGUGUUUCGCUUAGGCAUGCGUAGGCUCUCACAGACAAUUUGCUCCUUCAGCCACUGUGCAGCCGAUGACAGAGACUUUGGGGAGCCUAAACCGAGGAAGAGGGCAAACUCAUGCUCCAUCUAAAGAGAGGACGUUGGAAACAUAGAUCUUAACAAGCUUAGCUGCUAGUUUACUGUAAAUGAAACUGGCAGGGCUUAAUUAAACAGAAAACACUGUCUGUUGUAUUGGUCUGCCAGCUGACACCUGUGACAUUGCCUUGGUCUCAAUAAACUGUGGUGUACUGCAUUAAAAGCUUUUCAAGGAGAUGGGGGCAAUGUCUGAACAGAGAUUAAAUGAGAUGGGCACUCUGUUAUAGCUUUUAUCCUAUCGUAAGUGACUAAAAUGUUGAUCACUUGGAGAGCAGUGUCCCCAUGACUUUCUCAGCCUUCACAUCUCACUGUAUGCCAUCAGCCGGUUCAGACAUGGAUAGAGACAAAAAUGUAAACUCAAAACCUGCCAGUAUUUCCUUAGACAACAAAUGUGACCACACUAUCCAUGCCUGUUAAAUGUCUGUGGUUUUGAAUUGGAAACAUAUUACAUAUGAAUGACAUUUCUGUAUUACCUAGACUGUCAACACCAGUGUCAAGAAUAUCUACGCUUCAUUGUGCUUAAAGCACUAUUUAAAGGUGAUAAUGGAUAUUAAACUGUUGGACAACACUGAGGCACAUUUAUGACAGUUAUUAUGCUGCUUAUAAUUAACAGAUGGUGUAUGGCCCUGACUGUUUUCAGAAGAAAGUGAGCUUUAUUCCUGCUAAACUAUGUGGUGUUGAAUCUAAAACUUUUACACAUGUACUAAAGCCUUUUUUCUGUUAAAAGAGAGAUUUGCAAAUCCCAUUUGACACUUGGUUGUAAGUAAAGCUGUUAACAUCAAUCUCCUACUCUACAUGGUAUGUAAUCUUUAAUAGUUAAACCCCAAUAAGGCACUACAUAGUUAUGCAAAGCAUACUCAUUAAAACAGCAUUUUAACAAAGACUGUAUAAGUAAUCGACAGUGUCAAAAUCCUGCAAUCUCCACAACAGAAGUCAACUAACAGAAUUACCAUUAACUCAAUGUUAACACAUUUGACACAUUACUAACCAGUGUGACCUUUCUGAGUUUUUCUGGUGAUAAUAUGCUGCUACCAUUGUUUACAUACUGAAGAAGCGGCUAACUUUGGUUUCACCAACCUAAACUAAAAAAGGACUUUUUUUCCAGUAUUCAGACCAAGGAUGUGUUCGGUUGGCAUGAGGCCUCUAUAUUAAGGGCAGUGAACUGACACUUCGGACGGAUAAUCAGGCAGCACAACAUUUUUUUUCCCUUAUGAAUUCAAUCAGCCCAUGGGUUCCAGGAUUCCCACCAUUGCAGUGGCAUUCCUGAUGCGACAGUGUUGUGAGUAUUCUGCUAACAAUUUGAGGCAUGGUUGCCCAUGACAGCCAUUUAUAACCAGGAAAUAAAUAUUUCAGACCCUGCUGCCCUGUAAACUGAAGGCCAUGUACGCUGGAUGAUUAACAAGCAGGAAUGGCAAAACAGAAUGUCAUACUCUGAUUGAGAAUUUUUAUUAGUAUGAACAAUGCCAAGGAUGCUUUUGACACAGAUGUGUCCAUAAUUAACUGACUUAAAAAUAGCAUUUUUUUAUAACAUAUUUGCCUUUGAGCCUCUUUUAAACUUGCCAUGAAGAAUAAAUGAAGAAAUAGCAGGGGAAAUCUGAAGAAGCUACUGAUUGAGACUGUAAUGGAUUGAUUUCCAAGCACUGGAAGGCAAGUGAUGUGUCUGGAGAUAACCUGACAUGCCAGAUCAACUUUUUCAUGUAUAUAUUGCAUUGAUAUAUUUCACAUUCAUCUGGGAAACCUUCCAUAGAGAGCAUUUGGGUGGGUAGGACUUUUAAAAUAAAUUCUUGGAAGGUGAUUGGGCGAUUUUUCUGUCUGUUACACUCAUUACGGCCAAUCAACAGAUAAGACAGAAUUACGUUGUACGCAUGAGCAGCUCCACCAGUAUAGUCAGCCUGACAGGCAAAUUCUGCUGUAGUGCAUGAGCAGUGGAGUAUGAUAUGGAUAAAAUUUUAUGCCAUGGCUGGCCGGGAGAAGAGCGAAGACAUCCUCUACGCAGGGAAAAUCUUAUAGUCUGGCUCUUGCUUUAAUAAAGAAAUGUGCCCCAAUUAUGAUAAAAUUGACACGUUUUUGCUGCUAAUAGCUUCAGCAGUUGUAGAUAUUAUAAACAGUAAUACUCAACCUCCCAGAUAAUGAUCGCAAACCCAUGCUGAAGCAGGUCAAGAGAAGGCAAAAACAUGUUUUUUGUCUUGAAAGCUUUUGGUAUGGCUCUUUGAUCUUGCUUUAAUGGAAAAUUAUGGUGCAGUUCUGAUAAAACUGCUGCAACAUCACAGCUAAUUGCUACACGCUUGUGGCUGCCAUUGCUAUUGGCUUUCAGUACAACUAAACCCAGCCUGUAAUUUCCACCUUGUUCUCCUCAAAUGGCAGCGAUCAGCCCGGACUGUGUUCGGUUUGGAACAACCUGUGCUGAAUUGGCGCUUUUCAAGGAAAGACUUGCAAAUCCAUCUGCUUUGCAGGGUUAAUAACUGUGAUGUUCGAUUUUUACAGAUCUGACAUGACAUGCUUAGCCUUUUUAUACAUUCAGAACCUUCAGAAGAUCAUCUUGUCAAGAUUUGUCGAAUUCCCUUGCUAGAUAAUCCUCAUCACAUUUUAAUUUUAGCCUUGUGUUGCUAAUAACAGAAGUUACUGCCCUUAAACUGCCGGCCUCAAUGUCUUCUGGACUUCUCAGUGCUUUUCUGGAUGAUCACAGUAGUAUUCAAAGGGCAUCAAUCCUUAAUGGAUGGUUUUGAGUUUCUUAUUAGAUAUGAGUAGUUAACUGUGUUCCACUGAGGUACUUACGCUGUGUUUAUUUACUGUAUACAUUCCAGCUUGCUAAAAUCUUCAGACUGUUUCCAGACCAGGGCUUUGGAUAUACAUAGAUUUAAGUGCAAAUGAUGUGUGUGGUUAAAAUAACUUGCACACUGCCUUUGGUUACGGCGCUCAUUCUUUGCUGCUGAACAGUAGUGCAGUCAUUCCAGUCAGUUUACCUUGUACAUUCCCUUGAUCAUUGGAUUAGCGUCUGAUGAUAAUUCAUUUCACAUGAACACAGUCAAGUACUGUCGCCACUGGCUUAUACUGAUGUCCCUGUUUUCUUAUGUAUUUGCAUAUUUGUAGAGUAUAUUGUUGAGCUAGAAACAGCAAACCCAGCCCCUGGAUAUUGUAUCUGCAUUCUCUGCAGCUUAACAGUUCCCUGUGAAAGUCAUUCCUCCUUUUAAAGCUGCAUGAAGUGAUUUGCAACUACAAGGGGCAGUCACACUCUUACAUAAUAAGAAUUUAGUUUAGUGCAUAAGGAGUGUGUUAGAAAGUCAUUUCAGGCACAUCCAGCAGGACCAGAGUGAAAUGAGUGUUUUAUUUCAGGGUCUUUCUGGCCUUCAUAUGAAUGUAAGACAGUAUAGCUCUAAUGCCACGGAUUGGUACACAAUCAUCACCAACAGAAUAUCAUACAUGUCUGAGGUUUUCUACAUGUGCAUUGUCAGCAACUUUUGUAUUUGCACUCAUGUGCUGGCAUUGUUCUGGUUUCUCGGACGACUAAAGAAACCAAAUCUAUGAAAUAAUUACUGAGAUUUAAAGCUGCUAAAAAAGUUGUUGAUUCUUAGUGGGAUCAUCAGCGUUCAUCACCCUUUAACAUAAUCAGAAGUUGUUUGGUUUUGUUUUGUGUGAAAAAAUUGCUUUAUGCAGCUUUAAAGCAUUACAUAUUUUUUUGUAAACGUGCCUAAAGAUGUUUUUUAAUAGAAAAGUGAAAAAAAAGAUGUCGAGAAAUAAUUAUUAUUACAUUAUGGACAUGCUGCACUUUUUAAAAGAGUUUCAAGCUACACAGACAUACAUCGUGACUGUGUACAUUUGUAUAUUGUUGUUUUGUUUUCCAUGACUUUGUGAUAACUGCUUGGGGGUUUCAAAAUGAGCCAAGACAGGGCCAAGUCAUUCUUUUUUCACAGUUAUCUGUUGAUUAGAGAGUACAUGUCAAACCAUCUUCAUCGACGUCAUAUCUGUAAGAUAAGAGGAGAUCACAAAUUCAUC